GGACCCAAGUCGGCAACCGCGAGAGCACACGAGCAAUAGCAACACGCAGAGGCGCCUUCCUCAAGCUCUCUCGCUCUCUCUCUUUCGCGAAGCUACUCUCGGGUGUGAAGGGAAGUGAGAAAUUUCGACUGCAAAUGGAAGGGAGUUCAUCGCAUCCAAGCCGCAAGCGCCCUUUCUUCGAGGACGAUCCCGACUCCAGCAAAGCCCCCUCGCAAAAGCGGGUGCGGUUCCCCAAGGGCAAGAAGGUCAAGCCCGGAGACGAGGCCGCCGUCAAACGCCCCGUGGUGGAAGACAAGGGCCCCAGCGACGCGAAGGACGCCCGCCUCGCCGCCAAGGAGCGCGCGAGCCGCCGCAGCCAAAUCACCGCCGAGCUCUUCAGCGAGGACAGCAGGGGCGGCGCCAACGACAUCUCCUCCGCCGAGGUGGCUUAUGAGGACAAUGAAAGUUUUGUAGAAGAUGGGAUUCAGAUAGAACCUUUCAAUUUGGAUAAAGAGAGAGAAGAAGGCUAUUUUGAUGCGGAAGGAAACUUUGUAGAAUAUGUCAAUGAAAAUGAAAUCAAGGACGCAUGGCUUGACAGUGUUGAAGCAGUUACAAGCUUGGCUUCUAGACGCUUGGUUGCAUCGGUUGUAACACCUGCUGAAGAAGAUGCUGGUGAAUUGUCAUCUGAUGAUAUUGGAAAGAUGAAGAGACGGAUUGCCAACGUGCUCGAGCCAGGAGAAACUGUACUACAAGCAUUGAGACGGUUGAAGGGAUCCUCAAAUCGGAAGGAGAAGAUGUCAGCUGAGACAAAACAUCUAUUUGACCAGCUCACGGAAGAUGCAGCGACACUUAUGGAGAAUGGUGAAUUCAAUGUGUACCAUGAGGCACGAGAGGUUUUCGAACGAGAGGCAGAAGGAUAUGAGAGAUUGGCUUGGGCCAGGAAGGGGGGCACAGCCAUAGCUGCAGGCAAUGGGACAGAUAAAAGUUUUGAAAUGGAUCUCUUGUCUGAAGGAACAGACACUGGUUCUGCUUCUGGUCACAACACUGCUGCUGCUGGAACUUCAGAACCUAAUGCUUCAACCUUACAGUCACAGAUAUUAAAUGGUGGUGCUGAAGAGUUUGAUAUGUUUGCGGAAGAUGAUGAACAAGCUACUACAAAUAAAUCAUCUGAAGAGAUUGAACAUAUUCCUCAUGGAGACGGUAUGGUUCCUCAACCGUCAUUGAGUGUUGACAAUGCAUAUCCUGAGACUGGAGAGUCACAGAGUGAUUAUGUCUAUGAUGAGUCUUCUGGGUACUAUUACAGCAGCAGUUUGGGGUAUUAUUAUGAUCCAUCUACUAAGCUUUAUUGCUCUGCAGCUUCUGGACAAUGGUAUGCAUUUAACGAGGAAACUGGAACAUAUGAAGAAGUCCAGGCGGAUAUAUCCAAUACAAGUUAAUAUAAGGACAGUUUUGUGGUUCUCAGUGGGACCUUACCCAAUUAAACAGGGCAAGAGUGUGGAACUUGCUGGUGAAGAAGAACAUCCCGCGAUGGUUUUCUGUCAGUAAUGCUAGUAUACUUAGCUUGCUGUACAAAAUUGUCAUACCAAGAGAUGCAUUAUACUGUUCUGCAUUAGUUAGGUUGCUUCAGAUGGGACUUGGCAUAAAUACUAACCAAAACUGCUGGCAUGUUUGAGCUUGCGUAGUCUGAUGCAAGUCGUCUCAUUGCCUGUUCUUCACAUUACAGACUCAUUGUCAUACUGCCAGAAUUCAAAUGAAUUGAUGAGCCGUCUGGCUCGAAAACUGUUAACUGAA